UUCAGAAAGAUGUCUCACUAAAAAUGUCUGAAGAGGAGGAAAAUCUGUGGAGUUCUCUUCUGCAAGAGGUUCAAUGUAACAGUAAGAAGGGUUUACCCUCCUCUAAGAAUAUUCUGGUGCUAGGAGACAAUCUUUCAGGAAAAACAACACUGGUGGCAAAGUUACAAGGUAUAGAAGAGCCUAAGAAAGGAACUGGAUUGGAAUAUGGUUAUAUGGAAAUUAGAGAUGAUAGUUUUGAACAAUUGACACAUCUUGGAGUACAUACCCUUGAUGGAGAUCCCAAGCACAUAAAUCUACUCAAAUAUGCACUAAGAUGGAGACAAUACUCAGAGUUCGUCGACUUUUUCGACUUCUCCCCCUCUUCAGAUCUGACAGAGUCUAUGUAUAGAAAAGAUAUUGGCGACAGAUACUUAAUAAAUAUUUAUGUAUUUAGGAAGUUUUGUUUGCGACUGGGCGCAAGUCUAUUUUAUGUUUCUGUGAAGGAGAACAAGAAUUGUGAUCUUCUUUACAAAUAUCUUACUCACAGGAUUUUUCAUUUCUCCUUCAACACACCAGCUUUAGUGAUGGAACGAGAUGCUCUGUUUAUACCGGCUGGAUGGGACAGUCAAUCGAAAAUAUCGAUCCUUUAUGAGAAUAUCCGAACCUUCUAUCCGGACCAACCCUACUCUGACGUUGUAAAAUCCCCCAAAUUAUUGAAAAAGUACGAGGCAAAAGUAGAAAUUGUCGCAGAGUCCGAGCAGGAUUUUUUGGCACGAAUUUUCCAAUAUCUCGGAGAUUCUUCGGAAACCGCCGAAGGCGUGCUAAAGACGCCGGAACGGCGGGUGUUUGGAUCUCCUGGCGUGUACGGUGUAGCUAAGCGAGUCCCAAUUCAGAACACAAGCGACGGAGCGAUUUCCAAUUUCUUCCACGCUCUGCUUAACAAAAAAUCUGGUGCAGCCUCUAUUCAGGAGAGUGAGAUGUACGAGAAGGCCUACAAUAGAUCUGAGUCAUGCACUAGUCAGGAGGAUAAACUCGGGACUGUGGAUGGGAUGACAGGGGAGAAUGUAGAUGGGAUGAGUAUUGAGGGGAUGACAGAACUACCAGUUGAAAAUGCGAAUCAGCAGGAAAAUUUGACAGAGCUUCCGGUGACAUAAGAAACAGAGGAAAUUGAGUCAAAAUUUGCAAAUUUUAUCAAGUAAUUGUGUCAAAAUAUUGUACAUCAAAAUCUGAUGAAAAUUUUAGAAUAACUUUCAACUGAAUGGAUUCAGAUUUAUAAAAUAACUAAAAUCUGAAAAAAACUAUAAAUAAAAUUUUGAACAUUUUUGUAUAGAUUGUAACUAACCUUUUAACUGAUAUACUAACUUUCUAGUCUAAUUUAAUCUAAUGUAUGUAUUUAUCAUUCAUAUUUAUUGCAUGAACAUAUUGUAAAAAAAAUCAGGGGUUUAUUAGCAGUUUCUCCCCAAUAUAUUCAAACAUGUUAUCAGGGGUUUAUUAGCAGUUUCUCCCCAAUAUAUUCAAACAUGUUAUCAGGGGUUUAUUAGCAGUUUCUCCCCAAUAUAUUAAAUCAUGUUCAACAAAUGAUUUAAGCCUAAAAUUAGUUUCUAGGGGAAUAAAGCAUUAUCAAUUUAGGAAAAAACUGGAUAUUUUUUUUGAGAGAAAAAUAUAAAAGCAUAAGACUUCAAAUUUAUUGUUAAUUUUUCAAUUUUGUCCCUAAAACAUUUAUUUUUACCUCUCCCCUUCCCCACCCUCAUACAUUUAAAAAUAUAUUAGCAUACCCUGUAGUGUGCAGUAACCUUCUUACAAAUUUUAUAUAUUUUGUGUACAGUGAUGUUAUGUAUUAAUCAUACUGAGUCAGUAUUAUUUUGCUAUAGAUGUCAACUACCCCCCCCCCUUUAACAAAAAAUAAAAUAGUAACCUUACAUUUAUAAUGAAAAAAAAACGUAUCAAAAGCUUUUUUUACUUCAUCAAAGAAAUUUUCCCAACUUUGUUUGAACUCUGCCUAUUUGAUGUUUUUUUUUUACUUUUUCAAAGAAAUUUUCCAUUUGGGAAAAUACUCUUUCAGAAAUGUACUCAAAUUAUUGUCUUCAUUUCACUGUUUAAUUACAAAAUUUAGAUUAUUAGAUUAUUAUUUAUUAAUUGCUCAGUGGAGUAAAUAAAUUUAGAAAUUUAAA